AUGUCGAAGGUUUCCCGCGAGUCUCUCAAUGAGGCUAUCGCUGAGGUCCUUAAGGGAUCCUCGGAAAAGCCACGCAAGUUCCGUGAGACCAUCGAGCUCCAAAUCGGUCUUAAGAACUACGAUCCACAGAAGGACAAGCGUUUCAGCGGAUCCAUCAGACUGAAGCACAUUCCACGCCCAAGCAUGAAGGUGUGCGUCUUCGGAGAUCAACACCAUCUUGACGAGGCUGCCGCUGGAAACAUCCCAGCCAUGAGCGCUGAUGACUUGAAGAAGCUCAACAAGCAGAAGAAGCUUAUCAAGAAGCUCGCCAAGAGCUACGAUGCCUUCAUCGCUUCCGAGUCUUUGAUCAAGCAGAUCCCACGUAUUCUCGGUCCAGGACUUAACAAGGCCGGAAAAUUCCCUUCCGUCGUCACCCACGGAGAAUCCCUCCAAAGCAAGUCUGACGAGAUCCGCGCCACCGUCAAGUUCCAGAUGAAGAAGGUUCUCUGCCUCUCCGUCGCCGUCGGACACGUUGGCCUCACCCAGGAGGAGCUUGUUUCCAACAUCUCCCUCUCCAUCAACUUCUUGGUUUCCCUCUUGAAGAAGAACUGGCAAAACGUCAGAUCAUUGAACAUCAAGUCCACCAUGGGCAAGCCACAAAGAGUUUAUUAA